UAUUUUAUUAUUUUUCCGCCAGAGGGAAUUUUGAAGUGCAGAGAAGAGAAGAAAACCAUUUCACUCUUUCACUAGGGUUUUUUAUUUUUCAUUCCCAAAAUUCCAAUUUGAGUCAUCAAUGGCCGACGAAGCUCCGACUUCGGAAACUCCACCGCAAAUUGCUGAACAAACACCAGCAUCUGUUGAAGCAACCAUUGAAUCGAACUCUCAGGGAGGCACACAUUCUUCAUGCAACAACAACGAUAAGACUUGUGCUCCUACAUCUGAUGGGGACCGCGAGAAAUCGCUGGAGUACGCGGAUGAGUUGAUGGAGAGAGGAUCUAAGGCUGCCAAGGACCGCGAUUACCCCGAAGCCGCUGAAUGCUAUAGCCGUGCCCUAGAAAUCAGGGUUGGUCAUUACGGGGAACUUGCUCCUGAAUGUGUUAAUGCAUACUAUAAGUAUGGAUGUGUGUUGCUGUACAAAGCUCAAGAAGAAGCUGAUCCAUUGGGUACUGUGCCAAGGAAAGAGGGUGAAUCUAAACAAGCCUCUGACAAAGAUGGAUCUGUCAAGAAUGCAAUAAAUGGUGAAUCAUCUGCAGCUUCUGUUUCUUGUAAUGUUGUAAAAGAUGGGAGUUCAAAUCCUCAGGAUGGAGCACCUAAUGAUGUUUCCAGCGGGAAAGCUCAGGAAGAAGAUGACGAGGAAAGUGAUGCUGAGGACCUGGCUGAAGCAGAUGAGGACGAGUCUGAUCUGGAUUUGGCAUGGAAAAUGCUGGAUGUUGCAAGGGCAAUUGUUGAAAAACACUCCAACGACACGAUGGAGAAAGUGGACAUAUUGUCAACUUUGGCAGAAGUUGCUCUGGAAAGAGAGGAUAUUGAAACUUCCCUCAGUGAUUACCUGAAAGCACUAGACAUUUUGGAACGCCUUGUCGAGCCAGACAGUCGACAUAUAGCUGAACUGAAUUUUAGGAUAUGUCUGUGUUUGGAGAUUGGGUCAAAAGCUCAGGAAGCCAUUCCAUAUUGCCAAAAGGCUAUAUCAAUUUGCAAUUCUAGGGUGCAGCGGCUGAUGAACGAAUUAAACAGUUUGUCAGGAUCAACAGCAACAUCAGCUGCUUCAGAAUUGGACCAAACAGGCCAAUUGUCUUCAAAUGGGUCACAGUCUAAUGAUUCUAUUGUGGAUAAAAAGGCAGAGAUUGAGACACUGACUGGCCUCUCUGGUGAGCUGGAAAAGAAGCUUGAAGAUCUCGAGCAGUUUGUUUCUAACCCAACAUCAAUCCUCUCGGAUAUCCUGGGGAUGGUGUCUGCCAAGGCAAGAGGCAUUAUUGAGAAGAAUGGUGCUCCUUCAGUUAUAAGCUCUUCACAGCUGGGCAUUGAUAGCAGUAGUGGAGAUCUUGACUCUCCUACUGUUUCCACUGCUCACUCAAAUGGAGCUGCUGGGGUAACACAUCUUGGUGUGGUGGGAAGAGGAGUCAAGCGCGUGUCGAUGAACUCAGCUAUGUCAGAAUCAAGCGCAAUGAAAAAACCUGCAUUAGAUCCCACAACUGAUAAAGGUGAUGGUAAGGCCUCUUGAAGGCAUUCCAUUCCAAUGGUGUGCUUGGAUGCUACAAGGGCAAAUUGUUAAUAAGUUUUGGGGACCAGAAAUCUUGCAACAAUGACAAUGCUGAAGUUUGAACCAUUGACAGAUAAUGGAUCAUCGGUUAGUAGUCUAGGUUUUUUCACUGUUUAUCGCACCGAUUAGUAUUCUCAUGUAUCCUCUGUUUAUCUGGUGUCUUAACAUGUGUGUGUGAACUAUCCUAGUUUGAAUUUAAAGGUACACUAUUGUGAAUCCAUGAUUCGCUACUGUGAUGCUGAGUAUGCCUAUAUACUCAGUUUGUAUGACUUGGUUUCAGAGUAUUAUGCUUCUACUUACUCUUUGCCACCUUUCUUUCCUUAUCA